UUUUGGCUUCAAAAAUUUGAAGGGAGCUUUCGACACUUCCAUUCAGUGGCAAAUUAAACGCAAAAAAUUGUGUGAAAUCGUUUGUGCUCAAACAAAUUUAUAUUUGUACUGCAAAUGCUUUUUUCAUUUCUGAUCAAAAUUCCAAAGACGUCAAAAUGUUUUCCUCAAUUAAUUUUCUAUUUCUAAUAUCGCUGGCGGUCACGACGUGGAUCAUACUUUGUUAUUUCAAACAAAUCGAACAGCAACGCGAGGAUCAAAUGACUAUAGAGCUCCACAUGAAUGAGGCUUUUGAAGACACCGUGAAGGCAAAUGCUUGCUUCGAGAAUUAUGAUAUUUAUUUGAAUUUUUUGGCAAUUUUCGCAUGCAUUUACGCGCUGGCAAGGGUGGCAUCCGUUGCCGAAAAUUACGUCGCUCAGCAAGUACAUGCGCGCUUCAAACUAGCGAAAUUGCCCAGCAGUGCGUCGGCGAUAGAGCCAAGCUCCAUGGAGGAACUUAGCAUGCAGCAUUUGCAGCUCACCAUGCAAGUCGAAUACUUGGAGAAGGAAAACGCCAAAUUAGAACAGAAAAUUAAACAAUUAGAACAGACAAACUUUAUAUUGGGAGGAAAUCGAUUCAGACCGCUAAGUACCGUCAGAUUGCUUCCGAGCAACUCGCAAGGCAACGCCCAACCGGACAGCUGUAACAACAAAACACCUUCAGACGGUUUGCUACAUACUUGCAGCUGUAGUGGAGGUGGCAGUGAGGCAGAGGGUAGCAUAGGUGUUGAAGGUGUGGCUUGUAAUCAGACCGCAACUGUCUGCGGUGGGGGAAAUGCCAUGAAUGAAGGCGUCGUCCGCGCUUUAACUUGUGGCCUAAUCGGCUUUAGGGAUGUAUAUAUACGAGAUCAUUUUCAACAGGUAUAUGUGAAUGAAGGCAAUAUAGAAUUGCAAUUUCAAGACUUUAACCAAGAAGGUGGCAACAUCACGCAAAUCUGGCAAAAAUAUUUGGAAAUGCAAAAAUAUGCGAUUCAAAAGCCGACCACGCCUCAUAAGGCAACGGAGAUGGCAAAUGCUGUGCCUAUUGUUGUAUCCACCGAAGAGCUACAAACGUUACAAGGUAACCAGAAACAACAACAGCAAAGGGGUAAACGCCAACCGCAACGCAUUCGCUCACUCAUUCCAGCUACCAAUUCAAACGAUAAAAAGCAAAUAAACAAUAUUCACCCAUCAUUAACAUACACGCACCGCCAGACACAUACGCAUAUACCGGAAACAAAUCUCACUUUACCCAUAAAAAUUUACUAUAAAAAUCUAUUGGUUUGCCUAAUGUGUUGGUUUUUCUAAGAACCAUUGUUCUAUAAUUCUAAUCUAUGUAUAUAUCGAUAAGCCUGUGCCAUCUCACAUCUCAAUUU